AUGCCUCAUCUUUCUCCCCCAGCUAACUACCCACAGAUACCAGACGAUCUCUGCCACCAAUGUCUCGAGAUAUUCGAAAGGGACUUCACCUUAACCCCAAGUCCUCAGAACUUGGUAUACGUCAACUCUCAAAACCCGCUUGGAUGUCGCCUCUGCGCCCUCUUCCUCGACAAGUUCGAUUCAAGUCCCGAUGCGAUGUCGCCGUUGGAAUUGGGGUACGUGUUGAGGUGUCGAGACGGAUACUUCAUGGGCGUGUUCGAUAUCGAGUUCUUCGUGAUGCAGGAGGCUUCGGCGGAGGGGCGUAGGAUUAGACUGUGUUUUCAAGAGGAGUUGCGCACAGAGUCGAGCAUGCCACAUCCGGUCCCUUACGACCUUACAAUAUCUACCACGACCGGUUCAGGGCAGAGUUUCGCGAGGGCAAGAGGAUGGGUGAGAGAGUGUAUGGAUAUUCACGUUGAGUGCAAAUUGGCAGUCCCCAGCUCCAAUUUCAUGCCCACUAGGUUGGUCGAGAUCGCUUCCGGACGUCUACUGAAUAUUCGAUUGCGGAAGGGGAGCGAAAUAGCACCUGAGGCACCAUACGCGGCCUUGAGCCACUGCUGGGGCUCGAAUAUGCCUUACAAACUGACACAGGCCCGGUUGAGCUCUUGCAUUAUUCAAGAUUCCGCCGAAGAUUGGGGAAAAGAGUCAGCUCAGAUGGGGUCCAUCUACAACCACAGCCUCCUAAACAUCGCCGCCACCGGCUUUUCUAACGGCGAAAACGGCCUUUUCAGCCGAAGAGAUCCAGCUCUCCUGCUCCCCAUCAAGGUAACCUUGCAACAAGACAUACACACUGUGCGUAAAAACAACCACAGACAAAUGGAUAUGAAAAGGGGCAACUACCUCCUAAUCGAUGUCAACACCUGGAAAGACGCUGUCGACGAAUCCCCGCUCUGCAACCGGGGCUGGGUAGCCCAGGAGCGCACCCUUUCAAUCCGCACGCUGCACUUAGGUCACCGCCAGCUCUUCUGGGAAUGCCUCUGCAAGUCGCGAAGCGAAGUUUUUCCCGAGGGGUUCGUGCAAGGCACCCUGGCCAAACACCCGAAACGCUUCCUCCAGUCGCGAGCGAGUGAACAAGCAAGUCGGAUGGAAAAGGCCGAAAAGUUUCGACAAUCUCAUAAGGAUGCUAAGAUCAGGUACCGAGAGCGCCUGGAGAGGGAGAGAAUGGGCAAAGACAAGUACAGUUUGUUCCCCACAUCAUUUUUCAAGCCGAAGGGGUACACCAUGUCCGAUUGGAUGGCCAUGUGGACGCCUCAGGACCUGGAAGGAUGCGAUUUGUCGGUUUUUGAUGAUAUUUCGAACAAGCUCGUUGCUAUUUCUGGUUUGGCUAGUUUGAUCAGUAAGGACAUGAAGUGUCAGUACCUUGCAGGAAUGUGGAGGAAGGAUCUUGAGCAUCAACUUCUAUGGAAAGUCAGGGUUACACGACCAGAGGCUGCCUUUGGCAAUACGAGGGGUCCUUCUUGGACGUGGGCGUCGGUAGAUGGCUCUGUUAAGACUCCUUGGAUGGAGUCGGGCUGCGUUGGGUUACACGAACAUUCCCCUCUUCGUUGGAUAAUGACUGACGAAAUUUCCAGCCAUCCGGAGAAAUUAACCUGGAUAUCCAAGGUUAAUCAAGCCCAGGUGACCCCGUUAGGGUCACGCGAAUUUGGUCAAGUCAAAUCCGGGUGCCUCACCAUAACCGGCCGCCUCGGAGUCUUCCGCAUCGACAAAUCCAAGACGAUGACGAACCCACCCGUCAACGGAAAGGGAAAACUCGUGUCUAAAAAGACCUGGAUUGCAGCCUCGUGGGACACUCUAGAGACUGAGGCAGUCUUUGGCCCGUCUGGACGCACGGAGUUGUGGCGUUACACCGAGUACGGAACUCAAGGUAACUCGAAGACAAAGGCAAAGGCAAAUCAGUUGAACGUGUUCUGUCUUCCGACGCGGAUCAUGAAUGCAGAUCCUGUCAAUAUUGAUUACGAAGCACCCAUGCUCACGGGACUACUGCUAUUGCCUGGGGGAAAGAAUGGAUAUUACCGAAGGAUUGGUCAAUACGAGGUUUCGGAACACUGGGAGGAUGGCUCUGUUGCCGCUUUCACGAACAAGACGACGUUGCUGGAUUCGAGCCUGUAUAUAUCGAAGGAUAAGAAGGGUAAUUUCAAGAUUGUCAUUGUCUGA